AGAUAAUCAACCGAACCGCGGGUCCUAGAGAAGGCCUUGCCAAAUUGGGACUUCUUUUUUCGGCGUUCGUUCAACCUCUCUGUCUCUCUCUUUCUCUCUCCUGAGCAGAUGGGAAGGGGAGGGAAAUUGGCUCUUAGGCACUGUAAGAAGAGAAGGAUUACCUCUCAGAGUAAGGGGUCGGAUGGCUCGGAUGAAGAUUACGUGGUGGGAGAAGACGAGGAGGAUGACGAAUCAUUUGAUAAUUCGAAUUAUGCAUCUUUUGCUGGAGAUGCUUCUGAAGAAACCUCUGAUUCUGGAGCCAUGAGUGGUGAUGGCUUUUCAGAAGAGCUGUAUGAAGAAGAAGUGGAGAACGAGGAAGAGGAGGGGAGAAAGAUGGUUAGAUCCAAACCACGAAGAGGUUCUUCUGGUCAAAAAAGAAGUAUGCAUAAACGAUUUCGUAAAAGAACUAUAGUUUCAUCUGAUGAUUUUGAUGAAGAUGACGAAUUCAUGACAGAUGGGACUGAGGAGGAGCGGAAGUUUGUUAAAUCUAGACACCGAAGUAGUUCUUCUCGUUCGAGGAAAAGCGAGUCGAAGCGGUUGCGUAAAAGAAGUAGUAGAGGUGCAUGUGAAGACGAAGAAGAAGAAACAGAUGAUGAUUAUUGUGACGAGGAAUUUAUUCCAGAUGGAAUUGAUUUUGUAGAUGAAGAGGAGAUGGAACUUUCCAGAUCAAAACCCCAAAAGGGUUCUUCUGGUCGGUCAAAAACUAGGCUCAAACGGUUGGGUAGAAGAACCAAGUUGUCAGAUGAUUACAACGAGGAUGAAGACGAUUGUGAUGAUGGUGAUGAGGAAUUCAGGCCAGAUGGAAUUGAUUAUGUAGAUGAUGAGGAAGAGUUGCAGGUUAGUAAGAGUAAGGGGGGAAAACGUACAACACAGAAAAAGGUAUCUGUAAGGAGUCGGAAAAGGAAAAGGAAGUCCAAGGUUUCGAAGAAGCCAAUGAAAAAGAGGAGGUCCAAGAUAUCGAGGAAGAGGGCAAUAAGCUCUGAUGAUGAUGAGUUCAUAGUUGACAGCAGGUCUGUGCAGAAGAGUAAGAAGAAGCCCGGGAAAAGAAAGAAGACUGUUGUGCACUCAGAUUCGGAUUUCGUGAGCUCUGGAUCUUCGGAUUAUGAGUACACAAUCUCUGAGGAAGAGAGGGAGCAGGUGCGAGAAGCCAACAGUUUCUGUGGAAAUUUGAUAAAGUCCAGAAGAAACUCAUCUCAAGCUGAUGGAGAUGUAAGCCAUCAGCAAAGAAAAACUCGGGAAGGAAAGGGAAAAGAGAAGGUUGAGGAUUUACAUAAUGAUGUUGGGAAGCAAGUUUGUGGUAUUUGCUUGACAGAAGAACGAGAGGAGACAGUUCGGGGAAUAUUAAAUUGUUGCAGUCAUUACUUUUGCUUUUCUUGUAUAAUAGAAUGGUCAAAGGUUGAAUCUCGUUGUCCAUUGUGCAAACAGAGGUUUGUGACAAUAAGUAAGCCUGCAAGAUCAACGAUAGGAAUUGAUCUGAGGAAUGUGGUGAUAAGGGUUCCAAAGCGUGAUCAGGUUUAUCGACCAUCUGAAGAAGAAGUGAGGGGAUAUUACGAUCCAUAUGCAAAUGUGGUUUGUAUGGAAUGCCAACAAGGGGGGGAUGAUAACUUGAUGUUACUUUGCGAUAUUUGUGAUUCCCCCGCACACACCUAUUGCGUUGGCCUAGGACGGGAAGUACCAGAAGGUAAUUGGUACUGUGAAGGUUGUAGACCCGCUAAUCCUGGAUCAUCCAAUCUGCUUGUUCAGGAUCCUGAAUCACAUCAGGCUACAAGCACUAACAAUUUAGCCACUGGUGGAAGCAAUUCUGAAGGUUAUGCUGCUGCCACUCAUAUUUCGUCACCAGUGGCAGAUCCAUCAUUUUCUCAAGGAAUUGAAAUUCCCCAAUCUCCAAGAUAUCCUUCAGGACAAGGUUUUCCAGCUACAUCUCCAAUGUCAGGAGUAGGAGCAUCAACUCUCUCAGGAAGACGCUGGGUACACCGUCAUAUGCACAAUAUCCUUUCCAGCAAUAGGAUUAGCCAAAUGACUGGAAUUGCAAAUAGAGCUGAUGCAAUUGCACAUUCCAAUUUGGAAAGUGCUUUUGUCAACUUUCCAGUCCAGCAGCAAUCGGGGCAAACAAAUCAGAACACAAGGAUUGUAGGAAAUGUUCCAUCAUAUUCUACAGUUAUGGAAGGUAGGAGGCAGGACAGUUCCUCCUGCCCAGAGCAAGGGAGAACUCAUUUAUAUGCAACAUUGAAUCAUCUAAGGAGGCAAGUAACUCAAGACCCAUCUACUGCCAUUGCUUCUGCCAGUGGAAUGUUAUGUGCUGAACUUGCAGGAAUCAAUGUGGCGUCAGGUUGUGAGCAAUUACAUUCCGGUGGCAGGCCAGGCUUUGGUUUUCAUGACAGCAUAUCUCCGGGUGCACAUAAUGUUGGGAACCAUUUACAUGAAGCGAAAGGCACAAAAGAACAAUUGCAAUCAAUGGUGAAAAGCCAUUUGAAAUGCCUAUCCAAAGGCACUCAACUAGAAGGAUGUGCAUUCAAGGACAUUGCCAGGCGAUCUACACACACCAUUUUAGCUGCUUGUGGGCUGGAGCACGAUAGAAGUGUUGCCAUUCCGGUGCUGCAGCGUCCACUACACUUUUGCCCCCAUGUUGAAAAAGUGGGUGAAUCAAGAAACCUGAUGAAAGAUUGCUGCUCAUCGUGCAUCAAUUCCUUGGUCAGAGAUGUAGUAACCAUGGUCAUGAACACAAGGAUGCAGUCCGCAGGGUAGGCCGUAGGCCGUGCCUGAAAAGAAGGCUUCUUCAUUGGUGAAACACAUCAUCUUCGAUUUAUUUAUUUUUUUAAAUAUUUUUGUUACAAAAAUAUGAAUUGGCCGAUUUUGAACAGUAAAUGGUUUAACCUAUUUAUUGGUUCAGUUUUAGUUUCAAAGUGUAUACUUGUUAACCGUUAACUUCAUUGGGGGGUGGGGGGGAAGGAAAUUAAAUACAGAUCGGAAUAACAAGGUUAUCUGAUUUCUUUGUC